ACCGAUGCCCCUUUUCAACGCCAAGAUCAAUAGAGACCGGCAGUAAGCGCGUGUAGGUGACAGAGAUGCUCUGAUUUCAACCUUUUUAUGGGUUUACCGAACAGGAUACCGGACGGUUAACUUAGAUUAAAUUACCUGUGACAUUUUAUGCACAAACAAUGCAACUAUAACGACUUACAUUCAACACACUCAACUUGUUAUUCUAAAAGAAAAAAAUGAGUAUUGAAAUUUACAACGAAUUUUAAUUUAUGAAUACUAAGGAAAAAAUGUGUGAAGAAUCGGCUUGUUUGGUACCCAGUCUGGAAAACCCUCAAAAUGGAUCUUCUUCUGGGUUUAGAGUGGUGACUAAUAGGGGAAGUUCUGGAACGACAAGUAAUGGUGGAGAUGCUUUGGUUGGUUUUCAUGAAGAUGCAAUAUCGCAAGCUGCAGCUGGAAAAGCUCAGUUAUUGCUGUGUAUUGCUUUGGGAUUUGCUGUUAUUGCUGAUGCUUCGGAAUUAUCACUCUUGGGGUAUAUAUUACCUGCGGCUGAGUUACAAUUAUGUCUGGAUGAUCAUCGAAGAGAAUGGUUGGUUUCGAUUACUCACUUAGCGUUGGGAAUUGGAGCUCUCUGUUGGGGAUUUUUAGGCGAUAAAGUAGGAAGAAAACGUGGUUUGAUCAGCGCUUUAGCUGUUGGCGGUCUCUUUUCAACAGUGUCAACUGUAAUGCCAACUUACGGAACUUUUAUGACUGCAAGGUUUGGAUCUGGUUUAGGAAUAGCAGGCGUAAUGCCUUUAGCGUUUAGUUAUUUAGCUGAAACUUGUCCAAGAGCGACCAGAACCCGCUAUAUGAGUCUUUUAUAUUCUUUUUGGCCAGCUGGAGCCCUCCUAACCUCAGCUAUCGCCCAUUUAACGUUGCCCAGUAACGGGGCGGAAAUCGUUUCCGACAAUAAAGAACAUUGGAGUUCAUGGCAUAAAUUUUUACUUUUAAAUAUUUUACCAAUAGUUAUAGGAUCAAUUUUUAUUUCAACUAUGUCCGAAUCUCCCAGAUAUCUUUUAGAAGCCGCUCGAGAAAUGGAAGCACUCGAAGUUUACCAAAAAUUACACAAAAUGAAUAAAUCUCGAACUCAAUAUGGAUUAACCGAAUUGGAAUUACCUGGGAGAAGUGCUUAUCGAGAGAGACCGAAUAAUUCUUCAAGAAAUGCUUUAAGAAUUAUGUAUGAUACGUUAAAAGAAACUUUUCAAAGACUUUUAUCACCGUCAUAUUUCGAGUCAACAGUAACUUUAUUGCUUUGUCAUUUUUUAAUGUCGGUUUUAUACAUGGGUAUAUCAACGUAUUCAACGUUAGUUAUAAAAGAUAUAAACGAUGCACAGUUUACCGAGCUUAAAAAGCACGUGAUCAACGAAAACUAUACCGGAACUGUUUUUAAUAGUACCAUAGAAAACGUCCAAUAUACGGGUACAGUGUUCAAGAAUGUAACGUUCAGGCACAUGGAAUUCAGUCAUGUCGAGUUUUUCGAUUGUAUUUUUGAAGGAGCUGAAUUUUCCAAUGUUAAAUCGUCAAUUACUUAUUUUGAAAACUCUACAAUUAAAGAUUGCAGAUUUUUUGAUACUGAUUUAUCCGAAAGACAUUUUAUCAAUUGCAACAUGAUAAACAACACUUUUGUAUCGCUUUUAUCAAGCUGCAUGACCAAUUUUGAUUACAACAUUUAUUUGGAGGAUUUAUUUCAAGAAACCGUCUCUUGGGCAAGUCCAAUGUUACUAGCUUUGUGUUUAACUGGAUUUUUAUUGGAAGCUACAAAACGCCCAGCGGUUUUAAUCGUGAUGUUUGUUUUAAUAUUUUUAACAUCGAUUGGAAUAUUUUUCUUAACCAAUUUUACUGCUGUUCUAAUCGUAUGUGGGAUCCUCAAAGUUUUAAUGAUAUGUGUUCUUAAUGUAAUUACUGUGGUAACUAUCGAGGCAUUUCCAUGUAAUUUAAGAUGUUCAGCUCACGGAAUUUUAUGCAGCGUUUAUCACUUUACAACAUUAUUCGCAAUUUCACUUUACAAUUAUUUAUCCCAGGUGUCUGUAAUAGCUUCUGGUGUAACCACAAUGACUUUUGCUCUCAUUGGAAUUCCUUUAGCUGGAAAAUUACAAGAUAACAGUAAGAUCCUCCUUUAAAAUGACAAGGAAGAGUAAGUAAAAGAAAAGAUUGAAAUGAGGAUCGCAAGAUCGUUUCGUUUAAGGACAAUUAGUAAUCUGUGAUAUUGUUUUUAAAAUUAUUAAGUAUUAAUUUUAUGAUGAAAACCGAGAUAAAGGAAUUAUUCUCCUUAUACCCUUUUAUACUUGGCCACAAUAUAUUGAAAUAUCGAAUAAUAUAGUCGAGAUUAUGCAACUGA